CCAAAACUUGCUAAUCCUUGUUAUUACACACUAUCCUUGCUCUGUGUUGAACAUGGCUACAAGCCCCUUUCGAUAUUUUAUUUCCCUUUUUCUGCUUUUGCUCUGUUUCGAAGCCUGUUUGAGGGUGGGUGACGCUAAAGUUGGGUGCAUAGAGAGGGAGAGGCAGGCUCUCCUUCACUUCAAACAAGGUGUUUUCGAUGACUAUGGACUUCUUUCUUCGUGGGGGGAUGCGGAAGACAAAAGAGAUUGUUGCAAAUGGAGAGGAGUGGAGUGUAACAACCAGACGGGUCAUCUGAUCAGGCUUGAUCUUCAUGCUCCGUUUGAUCGAAUGGGUUUUACCCAAUCUUUGAGAGGAAUUCUUCCCACUCAACUCGGAAAUCUUUCCAAUUUGCAAUUCCUUGAUCUUGGACGUAAUUAUGCUAUGACCUGUGGAAACCUUGACUGGCUUUCUCACCUUCCUUCGUUAACACACCUUGACUUGAGUUUGGUUAAUCUUAGUAAAGCAAUCCAUUGGCCACAAGCAAUUAAUAAAAUGCCUUCCCUAACUGAGUUAUACUUGAGUGGUACUCAGCUUCCUCCGAUUAUUCCAACAAUAUCCAUUUCCCAUAUUAAUUCCUCCACUUCUCUUGCUGUGCUUGAUCUCUCCUCGAAUGGUCUCACUUCUUCAAUAUACCCAUGGUCGUUCAACUUCAGUAGCAGCCUUGUUCAUCUUGAUCUCUCUUCGAACGAGCUACGUGGUUUAAUUCCGGAUGCUUUUGGAGACAUGACUACUCUGGCAUAUCUUCGUCUCUCUUGGAACGAGCUACGUGGUUCAAUUCCGGAUGCUUUUGGAGACAUGACUACUCUGGCACACCUUGACCUUCAGUCUAAUCAUCUAAAUGGAUCAAUUCCGGCUGCUUUUGGAAACAUGACUACUCUGGCAUAUCUUGAUCUCUCUUCGAACGAGCUACGUGGUUCAAUUCCGGAUGCAUUUGGAGACAUGACUACUCUGGCAUAUCUUGAUCUCUCUUUGAAUCAACUACGUGGUUCAAUUCCGGAUGCUUUUGGAGACAUGACUACUCUGGCACACCUUGACCUUCAUUCUAAUCAUCUAAAUGGAUCAAUUCCGGAUGCUUUUGGAAACAUGACUACUCUGGCAUAUCUUGAUCUCUCUUUGAACGAGCUACGUGGUUCAAUUCCGGAUGCUUUUGGAAACAUGACUAGUCUGGCAUAUCUUGAUCUCUCUCGGAAUCAACUUGAAGGUGAGAUUCCGAAAUCCUUGACAGAUUUAUGUAAUUUACAGAAAUUAUUAUUGUCUCGGAACAAUCUCACUGGACUGAAGGAAAAAGAUUAUCUGGCCUGCCCUAAUAACACAUUAGAGGUUUUAGAUUUAUCUUAUAAUCAAUUGAAAGGGUCAUUUCCCGAUCUUUCUGGAUUUUCACAGUUGAGAGAAUUACAUCUUGAAUUCAAUCAACUAAACGGAACUUUACCUGAAAGUAUUGGACAACUAGCUCAACUUCAAGUGUUGUCCAUUCCUUCAAAUUCAUUGCGAGGCACUGUCUCGGCAAACCACCUUUUUGGUCUCUCCAACCUGAUUUACUUAGACUUAUCUUUCAACUCCCUUACAUUCAACAUAAGCCUUGAGCAAGUUCCCCAGUUUCAAGCCCAAAAUAUAAUAUUGGCCUCUUGCAAAUUAGGCCCACGUUUUCCUAAUUGGCUUCAAACUCAAGAAGUUUUGAGCGAACUUGAUAUCUCUGCUUCUGGAAUUUCAGAUGUCAUUCCCAAUUGGUUUUGGAAUUUAGCUUCAGAUUUACAAUCGUUAAACAUUUCCAACAAUCACAUCUCAGGGACUUUGCCAAAUUUACAAGCAACUCCUUUAAUGUUGGAUAUGAGUUCAAAUUGCUUGGAAGGUUCAAUACCACAAUCUGUUUUCAAUGCUGGAUGGUUGUAUCUCUCCAAGAACUUGUUUUCAGGCUCAAUUUCUUUAUCGUGCGGGACUACUAAUCAGCCUAGUUGGGGUUUGUCUCAUCUUGACCUCUCAAAUAAUCGACUAUCAGGAGAACUAUCCAAUUGUUGGGAGCAGUGGAAAGGUUUAAUUGUUCUUAAUUUGGCAAAUAAUAAUUUUUCUGGGAAAAUUAAAAAUUCGAUUGGCUUGUUACAUCAGAUGCAAACAUUGCAUUUACGUAACAAUAGUUUUACUGGAGCACUGCCUUCGUCCUUAAAGAACUGCAGAGCUUUGCGUCUUAUAGAUUUGGGAAAAAAUAAAUUGUCAGGAAAAAUAACCGCAUGGAUGGGAGGAAGCCUGUCAGAUUUGAUCGUUCUCAACCUAAGAUCUAAUGAAUUUAAUGGAAGCAUACCUUCAAGUCUUUGUCAACUGAAACAGAUUCAAAUGUUGGACCUCUCUAGCAACAAUCUAUCAGGAAAGAUACCAAAAUGUCUCAAAAAUUUAACAGCCAUGGCUCAAAAAGGAAGUCCGGUCCUUUCUUACGAAACAUAUUACAAUUUGAAUAUCCGACGUUACUAUGUUGAUAGUACAUUGGUUCAAUGGAAAGGAAAAGAACAAGAGUACAGGAAAACUCUUAGACUCAUCAAGAGCAUUGAUUUUUCAAGCAAUAAAUUAAUUGGUGAAAUUCCUAUAGAAGUAACUGAUUUGGUAGAAUUGGUGUCAUUGAAUUUAUCAAGAAACAAUUUGAUUGGAUCAAUCCCUACAACAAUUGGUCAAUUGAAAUUAUUGGAUUUUCUUGAUCUAUCUCAAAACCAACUUAAUGGUAGAAUUCCGGAUAAUCUUUCUCAAAUAGCCGAUCUAAGUGUUUUAGACCUAUCAAAUAACACCUUGUCAGGUAAAAUUCCAUUAGGCACUCAAUUACAAAGCUUUGAUGCCUCCACAUAUGCGGGAAAUCCUGGACUUUGUGGACCACCUCUUUUGAAAAGGUGUCCUGAAGAUGAACUUGGGGGAGUCUCCUUCACUAGUGGUCUUAGUAGUAAAAAAGAGGACAUUCAAGAUGAUGCAAAUAAUAUAUGGUUUUAUGGAAAUAUUGUUCUUGGAUUCAUCAUCGGAUUUUGGGGAGUUUGUGGCACUUUACUAUUCAAUAGUUCAUGGAGAUAUGCCUAUUUCCAGUUGUUGAGCAAGAUAAAGGAUUGGUUGUACGUGACAACAAUAGUAAAUAUGAAUAGAAUACGAAGGAGCCUGCAAGGUUAAAUGGACUUCAGCUGGGUUGCAUCUCAAGGAUUAGUAGGUGAUAUAUGCUUUUGAGUAACGGGAGUAUUUAUGAUGGGAUAGUUACAUGCCUUAAUGCAAAAGCUUGCCAUCGGAUAAAUGACAUCGGCAUGUAUUAAGUUUGCUUAUUUGGUAGUUAGCAUGGCUUUAAGUUUCUCGUGUUAUAUUCUAUUUAGAACUUUUUAAACAUUAAUUUUUGCUAUUAUAUGUACGACUUUGUAUUUUGUUGCUCUAAAAUUUAUUUGUUAUUUUUGUAGAAUCAAAUAUUAGAGGCCUUUGUAGGGGGAUGUUAAAAAAUACUUCGUCUUAGAAAAAUAUUUUUUUUUUGCUCAAAAACAAAGUUUAUUUUUGGGGAAAUGCAAUGUGAUAAUACCCAUUAGUAUGAAAUGGGAUAUGCUACUACU